CUCGGUGAAAUAAUGAGCAUGUCUGGGUUUUCUUCCGGGUUGCCUGACAAACGUGCAUGUGGCUGUACUGUCUGCGCUGAUUUAGUCACAUUUUGUAACGUAAUUGUUUUUCAUCAGUAAAUAUGAGUUCUCAAAGAGGUAACGUGUCUCGCUCACGACCUCAAAAGCAUCAAAACGCAACGGUGUUUAGAAAUAACAAAUACGGAGCAACUGUACAAUUGAAGAAAGCAAAUGCUAAGGUCCAUGAGGGUGUUUGUCAGCGCUGCAAAGAUGUGUUGGAGUGGAAAAUAAAAUUUAAUAAGUACAAAGCACUUGAUCAGUCAAAAAAAUGUGUUAAAUGCCUCCAGAAGACUGUGAGAGAUGCCUAUUACAUUAUGUGUAAACCCUGUGCUCUCAAACUGGAUCUCUGUGCUAAAUGUGGAAAAAAAGAAGAAAUUGUGAUUCCCCUGAACACUGAACCAAAGGUAGGAGAGGACAAUUCUGAGGAAUCUGGUCAAAAACGGAGCCACAGAAAAAGAAAAGAUGAUUAUGAAGAGGACUUUGAUUUCGACAGUGACCCUGAUGAUUCUGACAGUGAUUUAGAAGAUAAACCAGAUGUCAAAGAAAAGCCAACUGAAUCACCUAGGCCUAAUAAGAGAACAGGGGAGUCUAAGCAGGAAGAACGAGCAUCAGAAACAGGGAAUCGAGAGCUCCCUGACAUCUCUUCAGUUAAAAUGCUGAACCCUACAAAGCAGUAACAGAGAAGAUGAGAGUACUGUGCUUUUUUACAGUACAUCACUCAUCUUUAUCUUUUGAAUGCUCCCCCUAGAAGGCCCUAGUGAUUUUAUUUUCAUAUCUGAAUUCCCUACAAGACAAAUAGCAUACUUGCAAUGUGUAGCCACCAGGUGGUGCCAUUCUCAUAAGCUUUUCUUUUAUAUCUGAAUCCACUUUAUGUAAAUAAAAAUGCAAAGUGAGUGGAAUAUAGACCCAGAAAAUUGCACACAACAUUUUGAAGGAGGAAAUGCAUAAUAUCAGCUCAAUCCAUUCAAUAGGUAAAUUUCUCUAAAGUAUGUACUGUAUAGAACAUUGCUUAAAGUAUUGCAAAUAAAUACUUCCAGACUGUAUUUGUUAUAUUUUCUCAGACCAUCAUAUUUAAUACAAGAGUAACCCCAUGUGUUGUGUUUCAGGAAAUGGCAUACCUCAGUGACUGCAAACAAUUGUCUUAUCCAUUGGGGAGAUGUAUUUACAUCAAGUUCUAAGAGUCACAAGUUUUCAUGGAAACAAACCAACCAUAUACAUAGUCUCACCACAAAUGAUGUAAAGAAAGGUUGGUGCUGUAAGAACAAUUCUAUAAUUAAUAAUAUAGAGUUUAUCUAGGUUGAUUUAGUAUUUAAUUGACAAGGAUUUACUAUGAACACACAUACACACGCUGGACACAAGGAAUGUUUAAUCAAUAGUAGUAUUUUAUUAAGUACAUAAAUAUUAAACCGAAAUCAGAAAAGUCAGAAAGUAAAUCUUAGUGUCUAUGCACAGAAAAACAAGUCCAAGCUUUCAUACUAUGCUAAGCAGCUGGCAGGCCAGUGAAAUCUGAUCUGGCUUGCGCACUCAAAUAAUACACUCGCAGCACUCUUGCUAAUAUACACCCACACACACAACCUAAACUGAAAUGGUGCCGACACCUUAGAGUAUAUUCCAUUUAAGCUUACUAAUGGUAUGUAGAUUAAGGCUAUAGCAAGUUUACUUUUAAAAUAAACUCAACAGUAUGAGGUAGAUUACUUCUAGUUAUUUCAUUGAGUUUCAUUAAAAGUUGUUCUAUACGCAAGGUGUGCAAACUAAAUAAUUAACAAUUCAAUUCUAUGUGAAUAUGUUACAAUUAAUUUAAUUUCAUGAAAGGAAAAUGCAACUGGAAUUAUACUUAAUGGUUGUUGAAGCUUAGGCUUUUGGUUGGCUGGUUUGGAAACUCAAAUCUGUUGAAGUGUCCAGUAUAAAAGGCUCUCCUCUCAGCAACGGUCUUCAGUCCACAAUAGAAUUAACAAACUAGGCAACAAAGUCUUCAAUCCCUGGUAGGAUCAACAAACAGCUGCAAAGUCUUCACUCCCAAUGGGAUCCACAACAGCGCCCGUCCGCUCGGUCCUCUUCACUGAAUCCUUAGCUACGCCGGUAGCAGGGCACAGAUUAUUUUGGAUACUGUAGCUUUAGGUGCACAGCAGGCCUCAAUCUUGUAGCAUUUGGUCGUUGACUUGCUUGUAGCUUGCUUUCUCUUCUUGGGUCCUGUACUCAGGCACAGUGCUGGAGUUGCAGCUUUGUUUAGCAGAGUGACAGCACCUUGUUUAACAAUCGAUCUGGAGCGCAAAAUGUUUACUUUUGCUUGAAUAUAGUCUUUUCACUCUGCUGAGUAGGUGUCAUUUGUGUAUCUUGCCUCUAAAACUCGCAGUCCUUUGAUGGUUAAUGUAUUUUUUCCCCUCAGGACAUGUAUACAGUGCCUCUAGUAAGUAUUCACCCCCUUGCACGUUUUCAGUUUGUUGUGUUACAACCUGAAAUCUUGAUGCAUUUAAAUGGGAUUUUCUUUCCUUUGAUUUAUACAACCUAUUCAACAAUUUGAAGAGGCAAGAGAUUUUUUAUUGUGAAACAGUUAAUGAAAAAUAAAAAAACUGAAAUGUCUUGGUUAGAUAAGUAUUCACCCUGCUGAGUCAAUACUUGGUAGAACCACCUUUGGCAGCAAUUACAGCUGUGAGUCUUUUGGGGUAAGUCUCUACCAGGUUUGCAUAUCUGGAUCGUGCAAUAUUCACCCAUUCUUCUUGGCAAAAUUGUUCAAGCUCUGUCAAGUUGGUUGGGGAUCGUUGGUGGACAGCAAUCUUAGUGUCUUGCCACAGAUUCUCAAUUGGAUUCAAGUCCAGGCUUUGACAGGGCCACUCUAGGACAUUCACUUUCUUGUUUUUAAGCCACUCCAGUGUCGCUUUGGCUGUGUGCUUGGGGCCAUUGUCCUGCUGAAAGGUGAAUCUCCGUCCCAGUCUUUUUCAGUCUUUCCUCAAGGAUUUGCCUGUAGGUUUUGGUCUCUUUCAGUCUUUCCUCAAGUAUUUGCCUGUAUUUAGCUCCAUCCAUUUUGCCCUCUACCCUGACAAGCUUCCCAGUCCCUGCCGAUGAAAAGCAUCCCCAUAGCAUGCCACCACUAUGCUUAACAGUACGGAUGGUGUUACCUGGGUGAUGUGAUGUGUUGGGUUUGCACCAGACAUAAUGCUUUGCAUUUAGGCCAAAUAGUUCCAUUUUUGUUUCAUCGGACCACAGAGUCUUUUGCCACAUCUUUUCAGUCUCCCACAUGCCUUUUUGCAAAUUCCAAGCAGGAUUUUACAUGGGCAGAAAUGGCUUCCUUCUUGCCACUCUUCCAUACAGGCCAGAUUUUUGGAGUACCCAAGCUAUUGUUGACACAUGGACAGUUUCUUCCAUAUCAGCCAUGGAACACUGUAGGUCUUUCAGAGUUGUCAUUGGCCUCUUGCUGACUUUUAUGACCAAUGCCCUUCUUGCCCAGCUGCUCAAUUUCCGGGUGGUGCUGUAUACCUUCCUUGAUGAUCUAGACUCUUGAUUCUUGACUGUGCUCCAAGGGAUAUUCAAUGCCUUUGAAAUCUUUAUACCCCUCCCCUGAUCUGUGCCUUUCCACAACUUUAUCCCGGAGUUAUUUUGAAAGCUCCUUGGUCUUCAUGGUAGUAUCUUUGCUUUGAAUGCACUACCCAAAUGUGGGACCUUACAGAGACACGUGUAUUUAAUCUGAAAUCAUGUGAACCACUUUUAUUGCACACAGAGGGACUCCAUUUAACUUAUUGUGUGAAUUCUGAAGGCAAUUGGUUGCACCUGAGUUUAUUUAGGAGUGUCAUAGCAAGGGGAGUGAAUACUUAUCUAAUGAAGAUUUUUCAGGUUUAUUUUUAAUUGAUUUUUUUUUUCACCCCCCCCCCCCCCCCUCCUUUUUUUUAAACAAAGUUGUGAGUAGGUUGUGUAAAUCAAAAGAAAAAAAAUCCAAUUUUUAAAUGCAUCAAGAUUUCAGGUUGUAACACAACAAACUGUGAAAACGUUAAAGUGGGGUAAACACUUUACAAUUAUAGGCACUGUAUAUACUUUGUGCCUUCCUUGCAUCAAACUGCUUGUUGUGGUUGGGGCUUAUCGACAUAUAUACUUUAUGUCUUCCUUGCACCAAACCGCUUUUUUGUAGUUAUUCUUAUCUGUCCAUAAUUCAACUGUCCUUUCAGCCUCACCCAGUCCAGAUGCCCCCUACCCACGGUCAUCUUCAGUUUAGUAUUCCUGCCAGGAAAAGGAGCCCCUUUCACCUACUGUGGGCAUUAGAGAGAAAUCGCAUACAGAAUGUCCGUGCUCCUCAAAGAUUGAAUUUGUACAUUUUUUUUCUUUUGUGUGUGUGUGUGUGUUUUGAAAAUACAGAAUGAUGUUUUGUAAAGGAAAAAAAAAAUAAGUCUCAAAGGUGUUUUUGAGAGUUACAGGGGAGGAGCUGUAGUGUAAAAAGCGUUAAAGCUGAAAGCUAUUUCUUUGAAAAAGUGUUAAGCACUGAGUCUACUAUAGGGUGUUCACCUAAUUUGGAUGAUACGUAUAUUGAUUCUGUUGGCUGUUUAUGUAAUAGAAUGAUACAUUUUAGAACAGUUAUGUUAAUUAAGCUGUGGAAGUUUCUGGAAACAGCAGUGUAGCAAAAUGGAAGCUGUGUACAAGAUAUGCUACACUCCUGCUUGAAGUCCUCAAAAUAAAAAGAAGUUAUUUCCUUUGAAAUUUCAAA